CCGCCGGGCAACGAGCGGAGCAAGAGCCGCACGCGGCGAGUGGGCGCCAGCGGCAGCCAGUCUCCCGAGGGGGGUCCUCCUCCCGCCGGUUCCCGAGCGGGGCCAUGGGGGGCAGUACGCCCGCGCGCGCCGCCUGAGGACGUCGUCGCCCUCGCCCCCACUAUGGGCGCCGCGGCUCGCGCCCUAGCGAUCUGCGUGGUGCUGGCGGUCAUGACCCGCGCCGCCUCUAUGCCCCCGGCCAUGGAGCCGCGCGUCGUGCGGAGAGCGGCAGAGGCCCCGGGGCCUGAGCCCGGCCAGCAGGAACAGCUGGUCUUUGGCAGCGGGGACACCGUGGAGCUGAGCUGCCAUGCACCUGCUGGUGGUCCCACAGGGCCCAGCAUCUGGGUCAAGGAUGGCGUGGGCCUGGUGCCUUCAGAUCGCGUCUUGCUGGGGCCUCAUCGGCUGCAGGUGCUCAAUGCCUCCCACGAGGACUCAGGGGCCUACAGCUGCCGACAGCGGCUCACACACCAUGUGCUCUCCCACUUCAGUGUGCGAGUGACGGAUGCUCCAUCCUCCGGAGAUGAUGAAGAUGGGGAGGACGAGGCUGAGGAUACAGCAGGGGCUCCUUACUGGACGCGGCCCGAGCGGAUGGAGAAGAAGCUGCUAGCGGUGCCAGCCGCCAACACCGUGCGUUUCCGCUGCCCGGCCGCCGGCAACCCCAUGCCAUCCAUCUCCUGGCUGAAGAACGGCAAGGAGUUCCGAGGCGAGCACCGCAUCGGGGGCAUCAAGCUACGACACCAGCAGUGGAGCCUGGUCAUGGAGAGCGUGGUGCCCUCAGACCGCGGGAACUAUACGUGUGUUGUGCAGAACAAGUUCGGCAGCAUCCAGCAGACCUACACCUUGGACGUGCUGGAGCGCUCGCCGCACCGGCCCAUCCUGCAGGCCGGGCUGCCUGCCAACCAGACGGCUGUGCUGGGCAGUGACGUGGAGUUCCACUGCAAGGUGUACAGUGAUGCGCAGCCCCACAUCCAGUGGCUCAAGCACGUGGAGGUGAAUGGCAGCAAAGUUGGGCCCGACGGCACCCCGUAUGUCACCGUGCUCAAGUCCUGGAUCAGUGAGAGUGUGGAGGCCGACGCACGCCUCCGCCUGGCCAAUGUGUCCGAGCGUGAUGGGGGCGAGUACCUCUGUCGAGCCUCCAAUUUCAUAGGCGUGGCUGAGAAGGCCUUUUGGCUGCGUGUUCACGGGCCCCAAGCAGCUGAGGAGGAGCUGGUGGAGGCUGGUGAGGCUGGCAGCGUGUACGCGGGCGUCCUCAGCUACGGGGUGGGCUUCCUCCUCUUCAUCCUGGUGGUGGCGGCCGUCACUCUCUGCCGCCUGCGGACGCCCCCGAAGAAGGGCCUGGGCUCGCCCGCCGUGCACAAGGUCUCCCGCUUCCCACUCAAGCGACAGGUAACAGUGUCCUUGGAGUCCAACUCGUCCAUGAACUCCAACACACCCCUGGUACGCAUCGCCAGGCUGUCCUCAGGGGAAGGCCCCGCGCUGGCCAAUGUCUCCGAGCUGGAGUUGCCUGCUGACCCCAAGUGGGAGCUGUCCAGGGCCCGGCUGACACUGGGCAAGCCACUUGGAGAGGGAUGCUUCGGCCAGGUGGUCAUGGCGGAGGCCAUUGGCAUCGACAAGGACAGGGCUGCCCGGCCCGUCACUGUGGCAGUGAAGAUGCUCAAAGAUGACGCCACGGAUAAGGACCUAUCGGAUCUGGUAUCUGAGAUGGAGAUGAUGAAGAUGAUCGGCCGCCACAAGAACAUCAUCAACCUGCUGGGGGCCUGCACCCAGGGCGGGCCCCUGUACGUGCUAGUGGAGUACGCGGCCAAGGGUAACCUGCGGGAGUACCUGCGGGCACGGCGGCCCCCGGGCCUGGACUACUCCUUCGACACCUGUGGGCCACCCGGGGAGCAGCUCACCUGCAAGGACCUGGUGUCCUGCGCCUACCAGGUGGCCCGGGGCAUGGAGUACCUGGCCUCCCAGAAGUGCAUCCACAGGGACCUGGCCGCCCGCAAUGUGCUGGUGACCGAGGACAAUGUAAUGAAGAUUGCGGACUUCGGCCUGGCCCGCGAUGUGCACAACCUGGACUACUACAAGAAGACCACCAACGGCCGGCUGCCUGUGAAGUGGAUGGCACCUGAGGCCUUGUUUGACCGGGUCUACACCCACCAGAGUGACGUCUGGUCCUUUGGGGUCCUUCUCUGGGAGAUCUUCACCCUGGGGGGCUCGCCAUACCCCGGCAUCCCCGUGGAGGAACUCUUCAAGCUUUUGAAGGAGGGUCACCGCAUGGACAAGCCGGCCAACUGCACACAUGACCUGUACAUGAUCAUGCGGGAAUGCUGGCAUGCUGUGCCCUCCCAGAGGCCCACCUUCAAGCAGUUGGUGGAGGACCUGGACCGUAUCCUUACUGUGACAUCCACAGAUGAGUACUUGGACCUGUCUGUGCCUUUUGAGCAGUACUCGCCAGGCGGCCAGGACACCCCAAGCUCCAGCUCCUCGGGGGACGACUCUGUUUUUGCCCAUGACCUGCUGCCUCCGGCCCCCACCAGCAGUGGGGGCCUGCGGACGUGAAGGGCCAGCAGCCUGCAGGCCGAGCCCCCACCACUGUUGAGAGUGGACGCCAGCUCCCCCCCUACCCUGUGCUGCUGGUGGCAUGCUGUCAACCACUGGGGCCCCUUCGCCUGGGCCCGAGCCUGGGACAGACAGACAAUGGACAGACACGUGUGUGUGUGUGUGUGUGUGUGUGUGUGUGUGUGUGAGUCUUGAGGCCCCCCGCACAGGGAUCUCUGGGGUGCCCACUCUGCUGUACAGUGACCUCCUGGCCACCAGCGCCGGCAGCACCAGGGGGACAAAUGUAGAAUGUAAAGGGGUUCCUCCAGGAGCUCCUCAGGACAGGGAGCUGGGCCCCUUCCCCAGGCUCCCUUCCCCCCACAUCCGUUGCCUCCCAGGGGCCAGUGUGGGGGGGGGGCGGCCAGGCUCUGGCAUGCAGUGUGGACCAAGGCCCCUAGGGCUGAGCCUGCGGGGUAGCCCCUAUGCGGCAGGCCUCCGCCACGCACCGCCUUGUGCCUGGGGAUGCGUGUGAGCAACCCCCCCCCCCCCGCCCCAGCCUGCCCCAUGUCCCACCCAGCUCCUUGGAGGCUAAAUUACGGGUACCUGAAGGCAGGAGCCUUUACCUUCUCUCCGAGAGGUUCAUUCCAGAAAUGAGUGUACAUUUAUAUAAAUAGAAGUCGUGUGUCGGAUACAUACAUGCCUAUAUAUAUGCAUAUCUAUAUGGAAGAAAGGCUGGUGUGGUCGGCACAGGACCCUGGGGGCCCAGGGAGCCUCCCCGAGGGAUUUGCUGUUGAGACAAGAGCAGACACCAGCACACCACGGGGCGGCUUUUCUGACAGUUUUGUUUUAAAAAUUGUACCUGGACCUGUAUAUUUGUAAAGCUAUUUAUCGAUUGCCCAGAACCCCUGCCCCCCCCGCCCCACACUCAUAGUGUUGAGACAGCCGCAUGGCACAGAGGUUUCAGUUUUAACUUAUUAACCGUGGAGAAGGGACCGCGGGGUUGUGAUAGUGCUGGGUGUGGCCUGCCACCCCCCGAAACCCAGCGAGUUCCUUUGUGCCCUCAAGGGUUGUUCAUAGUUUGAGGUGAUUCUAGUGAGGUGUUUUGUUUCCUUUGGCCUUCUUUUGCAAGGGAAUUAGAUUUCUAUAGGGUUUUUCUUUAGGAGAUUUAUUUUUUGGGACUUCAAAGCAAGCUGGUAUUUUCCUCCAAGUUCUAAUUGCCAUGUGCUCCGGGUGGGGAGGUGGCUUCCGGUGGGGGCCAGCCCUGCAUGCAGGCUUCAAUGUUAUUAGAUGUUACAAGUUUAUAUAUAUCUAUAUAUAUAAUUUAUUGAGUUUUUACAAGAUGUAUUUGCUGUAGACUUAACACUUCUUGCGCAAUGCUUCUAGACUUUAUAGCCCGGACUGCCACCUUUCAAAGCUUGCAAGAGAAAGCAGUGAAUUCAGUUUUGUUACUUUUUGUACUGUUAAUGGCCCAAAUUUGGGGGCCUGUUUUUUGCUCAUCAGCUGGCCAACUGGGCAAUGGUUCAGGGUGGUCUUUGUUCUCAGGGGCCCACCUCCCCUGCCUUAUGGGAGCCAAAGGUGUUGGCCCAAACUGGCAGAUGUGCUUUCUAGAAAAUAAACGGAGACAACUGGUU